GUGAGACUUCAAGUCGCCAAGAAGGGGUAAAGGGGCAGCAGGUAAGUAGGGACGGGAUGCAUGGGAUUGGGGGGGAGAAGCCAGAGGAGAGGGGGAAGGAUAGAGAGAAGGAUUCGGGAGUGAAGGAACGGGGGGGAAGGGACCUGAACAUAAGUAAGGAUCAGGACAUAGGUGAGACUUCACCCAGCCAGGAGGGGCUGAAGGGGCAGCAGGAGUCUCCGGAGGUGACCGUGAGAUUGUCUUCAAGUUUAGUUGAUACCUCGGCUCCCCCUCCCCCCUCUGAGGGCGGAGGUAAACUGAAGGGUGGGGGGCGAUGUAGGAAGAAGCAGCUAACUCCAGGUCUGGAGAGAACCUCGCCCUCGACAGAGCCCAUAGAUCUGGAACAGGGGUCAGAUGAGGGGUUUAAUAAUCAGGAUGAAGAAGGAUUGUUGUCACAAGCCAAUUCUAAGGAGAAGGAAUGGGAGCGAUCCCGCUCCCCUAAAAACCGAGGGGUGACGGUGGAGGGGCGGGAGAGGAGUGGGGAGUCUGGGAGGAAGUGGAUCUCCCCUGAACGUAAGCGGUUUGACGAGAUGGUGGAGGAGGAAAUGAGGGAGAAAGGAAAGGGAAAGGGUGUACAGGAGGAGGCGGCGGCUGAUGAGAUGGUGGAGGAGGAAAUGAAGGAGAAAGGAAAGGUGGCAGAGAAAAUAGGGGAGAAAAGGGUAAAGGACGAUGCCUCCGAUUCAGAAGAAAUGGUGCAGGAUUCUGAGGACAGGGAGGAUUCCUCGAUGAUGGAGGAGGGGGGGGAUUCGACAGAUGGGGGAGAGGAGGAAAUGGAGGAUGAGGAGGGUAUCAGUACAACAACACAGGGGUCGCUCAGCGCAAUACUGGCAGCCGGAGACUGCCAUGUGUGCCCGGUUAUGUUGUGGUGGGCGGAGGGGGGAAUCAAAAUUGUAACUAGAGGGGGAGCUGAAUUGUUGACGUACGAGGCGAGGUCCCUCCCCAGGAAUGCAAACAUUACCCAACAGACGGGGAUGGACUCGAUGGUGGAGCGGCCGGUGGCAGCAGAUGCGGAAGUGCUGCAGUUGAUGAUGGCUGAGCUGGGCUGUGUGGACGUAUAUAGAUCUGCACAUUCGGAGGGACGGGACUUUACAUGGUAUGGUUCGGUGGGUAGGCGCAGCCGAUUGGACAUGAUCUGGGUCUCCUAUCAGAUCUACCGGAAUGGUAGUGAAAUGGCUCUCCUCCCGACAGCGCUUUCAGACCAUGUGAAAGUGAUUGCAGCUUUCCCGGUAGGCGAUACGGUGAUGGGCCGUCCCCAGCCAUCUAUCCCAGCGUGGGUCUUUCAGAGCCCGGAGUACAAGCCACUUAUUCGACAACAUUGGGAGUCUUGGCUGCAAGCGCGCCCCCAGGGUCUGACGGACCUGCAAUGGCGAACUCAAGGUAAUGCGUUGCUUCGUGGGUGCCUGCAAGCCAGAGUGACGAACAAUUAUAGGGCUCAUUUGGCCACAGGACAGGAGUUUGUAGAUCGAUUAGCAGCCCUAAAUGGUGGCCCUAAGGAUGGGCAGUCGGAGGAGGAAUGGUGGGUGGAAAGACUGGAGGUUGUGAGAGAAUGGAAGGAGUGGGAGGUUGUAGAAGCAGCACGGUGGGGGAGAAGGUCGAAAGUAGGAUGGGCAGUGGUGGGGGAAAAAAUGUCCAAGCGUUUCUUCAAGGAGUUGGGUAAGAAGCGAGGGAUUGCCCUCAUGACAGCUAUGGAUCACCCCUUUGACCAACAACUACCUAGACAGGAAGCAACGGUGGGCAUUUUGUGUCGUGUCACGGACUUUUAUGCUUAUCUCUUUACAGAGGAAGAGGCCUGGUCAACCGAAGACAUGACUACGAUCCCUCAGGAGCAUAUCUGGAACCAUAUUGCGGUGGGCCUGGCCCCUGAGCAGGCGGCAUCUCUGGAUAGUGAUGUCACGCAGGAGGAAGUAUAUAAGGCUAUAGCUGAGCUACCACGAUUGAAGGCUUCGGGGGUGGAUGGGAUCCCGAUCGAAAUGUACAAGGCAGCGCAACCCUUUUUUGUGCCUCUCCUUACUAAGGCCUUCAAUGAGGUGCUGCAGCAGGAGCAACUCCCAAUUGGAUUCGCGGACGCCUAUGUGGUAUUGCUUUUUAAGAAAGGGACCAGAGAGGAUAUCAGGAAUUGGCGACCGAUUUCGAUUCUGAAUGCCACUUAUAAACUGCUGGCCAAGAUCCUUGCAAAUCGGUUGAAUACGGUCCUGCCGAGUAUUAUCAACCCCUCUCAGGCGGGGUUUGUGCCAGGGCGUCAGAUAGUUUCCAAUAUUAUGCUCGCUCGACAAGUCCUGCAGAACACGGAGAUUCAGGGUCAGCCAAUGGCCUUUGUGGUUAUUGAUCUUGAAAAGGCGUAUGAUCGAGUCAGAUGGGAAUUCCUGCUGCAGUGUCGUAUUCGGCGGGGAGUGGGACCAAAGUUCUGCAGCUGGACCAAGCUUCUGUUGACCUGUGCACGGACAUGCAUGCAAGUGAAUGGGGUGAGAUCGGGGUACAUUCAGCUGACGAGAUCCGUGCGGCAGGGAUGCCCGCUAUCGCCAGCUUUGUAUGUCAUUUAUAUUGAGGCCCUACACGAUGUGUUACGGGGGGAUGAUGAGUUGCAGGGCCUUCAGAUCGACCAGAAGCUGGUGCUGAAAUCUACGGCUUUUGCUGAUGACACCGGUGCUAUUAUCCCCCCCACUACUCAGCAGUUGCGCUGUCUGCAGAGGGAUCUGAACCUCUUUGCGCGGUACUCGGGCGCCAGAGUCCAUUGGCAGAAAUCGAUGGCUAUUCUCCCGAGGGAUGGGACAUUCCCAACCUGGCCGACGGAGACGAGUUGCGUUUUCUGGGGGUCAUGGUCCGCCCGGAUGAGGGGGGCGUCCUGCAGAUGGAAGGAUUGGUAGCAACAGCAAUACUGCGGAUGGGUCGCUGGGCAAAACGGACGCAUUUAGGCGUGUUUGGCAAAGCCUUG